UAUCUAUCCACAUCGGAUGGCAGGUUGGCAGCAGGGCCGACGGGUGGAUUUAUACUGGGCUCUUGAAAAGUGUCGCUCCUUCUGUUUGCAGGCCAAGAAGAUCCCAGGAAGGAAAAUGUGCUGGAGACCCCUGUGCCGCUUCCUGUGGCUUUGGUCCUAUCUGUCCUAUGUGCAAGCUGUGCCUAUCCAGAAAGUCCAGGAUGACACCAAAACCCUCAUCAAGACCAUUGUCACCAGGAUCAAUGACAUUUCGCACACGCACUCGGUAUCCGCCAAGCAGAGGGUCACCGGUUUGGACUUCAUUCCCGGGCUCCACCCCAUCCUGAGUUUGUCUAAGAUGGAGCAGACUCUGGCAGUCUACCAACAGAUCCUCUCCAGCCUGCCUUCCCGAAAUGUGGUGCAAAUAUCUAACGACCUGGAGAACCUCCGCGACCUUCUCCAUCUGCUGGCCUCCUCCAAGAGCUGUUCCCUGCCUCAGACCAGCGACCUGCAGAAGCUGGAGAGCCUGGACGGCGUCCUGGAAGCCUCACUCUACUCCACUGAGGUGGUGGCUCUGAGCAGGCUGCAGGGCUCUCUGCAGGACAUUCUGCGACACUUGGACCUCAGCCCCGAAUGCUGAGGUUUCAAGGACCACCAGUCUCCCAAGGAUUGGGUUGAGGGAAGAAACCUUGGCUUCCAGGUGUCUCUGGGAGAGGAGAACCAUGUGUGCACACCCCUCAUCCAGGACUCUGCCCAUUUCUCUCACUCCUCUAGGCCCCUCUUCCGAAGGCAUGACUCCACAAUGCUUGACUAAAGAUAUGCACACGAUUCCACGAGCACUAGGAGGAGGGCCAGUCUGCAGAGCUGAUUCUCACCCAGUUCUUCAGCAAGUAUAGAUAAGAGCCAUCCUGUCCCCUCCCUGUUCUACCCGCCUGUCAGUACAUGCUUUACUGUGACCCAGGGAAUAUGAAGAAGGGGUGGGUAGAGCCUUUGGUUUGUCUCAGAGUCUCCGGGGAGCACC